UCGCACUUCAUUGUUUAUCAACACCAAUUUGAAAUUCGAUAACCGUGAACCCGGUAAAACUAAUCGAUAUUAUGAAUUCUUAAAUUGUUUCUUUUACAUUUUAUUUUUUAUUUUCGAAACUGUUCUUAGCUAACAGUAACACAUCAUACCAUGUCUUGACUGUCUGUUAUCAUGUUGCCUGAAGUGGAUGGAAUUGAAUUGCUGUAUAAACGAUUUUUUCAAGAAGCCCAAGAAGUAUCUAAGAAACCAAUCAAUAAAAAAAAUGUCCAAAAAAUUAAAAAGGGCUCAAAAGUUUAUAAACAUUUACAGCAAGAUGGUGGAUGGACAAUGUAUCUUUCUGAAAAUGCAUCGUCUUUUGCAGUUCUGUCAGCAGCUCGUUAUGCUGUGUUUGACAGAUAUGCUAAAAAAUCUGAUGAAGCAUACUGGAUGUCUUCAUCAGCUCCAAUAUGUCUUGCUAAGACUCUACAAUCAUUCGGGAAUGCACCAAAUGUGUCUUCAGAAAUAUUAAUUCCUAAAGUUGUUGGUAUUGGACUGCGCAGUGUAUUUGAAUUAAUAAAAGAAAGUAGGACUUCAUCUCCUGAUAUUUGUACAAAAGCUUUAAUGGCAUUAUUGGAUAUUAUUCAAUAUCAGUCACCUGAAGCUUUAAAAGACGAGCCUUUUGAAGUCAUAGAUCCAUUGUAUGAGUUAUUAUUAGACUUAGCUAUUGGAAACUAUGAUAAUAGUACUUAUAAUUUUAAAGCAGUAGCAUGUUCCUGUCUUAUAAGUUUAGUAAUUGUUCGAGGAGAUACCGGUAAAAUUUUAAACACACUUACAACAUUGAUUAUGUGUCCUCCAGAUUCUUCUCCUAAAAAAAUUAUUUUGCCAAAAGUAUUAACCAAUUUACAAAAAUGUGUUCGUGUUAUUACACAUGGUGACUAUGAGAUACCUGACUGGAUUAAUUAUGGAAUACCAAAAUCAUCUGAAAUAGUUACUUUGAAUUUAAAUUAUCUUAAAAGUAUUAAAGGUUUAGCUUCUGAUGGAGAUUAUUUAUACAUUUAUUCAGAGUACGGUUUUCACAAAAUAGGAACUGGAUUUGGUGGGACAGUAAGUGGUCAUCCUUAUGUCAAAGUUGCUCGAACAACUAACUAUUCUUUGAAUUCUUCAGAUGUUUGCCUUGGAUUUUAUCAAAAAUUACUUUACCUAAGAGUGCAUAAUAUGAAUCAAUCAACCAUACAAGAAAUAGAAUUCUUUGAUAAAGAUACCUUUAAAAAAUUAGGAUGUGUACAAAUAGAUGCUUCUGUUACAUUAGACUUAUCUCGUAAACCUGUUUUCAAUGAUAAAGACAAAUUAUGCUUUUUAGAAUAUUCAGUUAAUAACUAUGUAGUAAAAAGUAUAGAUCCUAGCUCUGGAAAACUUGUUAAUGAAGUCCCUUUGAUGCUGAGUCGUCGUAAUGUUAGAAUUUACGGUGUGUCAGAACUUUGGGAUUCUAUCACAGCUGAAAGUGCUAUUAACAACGCUACUGAUGAAGAGGUUGUUUCUGUUGCUUCUUUAAAAGAUAGUUUUAUAAUAUCUCUUAAAUCUGGAAAGGCAAUACAAUGGUUGAAAAAUGAUGGACAAAAUACAAUAAACUGUUACAGUUCUUUGUGGUCUGAGCUUACUCUACCUAAUUUAUGUAAAAUCGUAAAAGUAUCUGCUGGGCAUGAUGGAUUACAUUGUGUAAUACUAAGUGAUAUGGGUUCGGCAUAUUUUUUGGGUAUAUCUAGGCGUGGAGAAGAUGGUGAUCAAGGGCGAUAUAAAAAGCAACCCAGGAUAAAUAAACCUAAAAAAAUAACUAAAUUAGAUGGUCAAUUUAUAAUUGAUGUGGCAUGUAACAAUGGGACUACAGCACUUGUAACUAAAGAUGGGUUAUUAUAUAUGUUUGGAAAAGAUGUAGUUUACUGUGAUCAGAAUACUGGUCUUGUAAGAGAUUUGAAAAAUGCUAAAAUUGUUCAAAUAGCAUUAGGUAAAGCUCAUGCGAUAGCUUUAAGUGUUAAAGGACAUGUUUACAGUUUUGGAAUUAAUAAUAAAGGACAGUGUGGAAGAGAAAUGUGUGGUUCACAAAUUAGUAAAUAUAAUUAUCCUAAUAAAUCCAAUAUUGAACCAGAAGAACAGAUAAACAAUUAUAAUGGUCAAAGUAGUAUGAAUGAUGAUAAAUUUAAUGGAGAUAUAUGUGAACCAGGAAAACAUAUUUGGAAACAUGAAGUUUGUAUGAUUUGCACUGUGUGUAGAGAAUGUACAGGAUAUAGCAUCAGUUGUUUAAGUAGCAUACGGUCAAAUCGAAAACCUGGCCAUGAAUGUGGCUGUGGAGAGGGUGAUUCUGGAUGCUCCAUUUGUGGUUGUUGCCGUGUAUGCGCUCAUGAAGUGGAAGAUAAUUCAGAACUUGCGAUACUGGGACCAAAUGGUACUGGAGAUAUAGCAGGAAUGAUGAGACUUGAUUUAAUUUUUGGUAUUGGAGUAAAAACUCAACAAGAAGCAAAAUUAGGAGAUCACCUAAAAACACAUUUGAAUAAAAGAGAGCAGGAACAGAAUUUUCAUUUACUUCAAAAUGAUUCUGUAAAAGAAUAUGAUUCUAAUAUUGGUAUUCAGUCAGCUAAUAAUACUAAUAUCCGUUUUCAAGGCCAAAACAGUCUUGUACCCAGAAACUUUAUGGAUGAUACUAUUAGUAAUCCUGGUAGUGAUGUUGAACGAGAUAGUACUAGAGUAACAUCCUUACCUCCAGCUCGUAUAUUCUUACCUUCAGACUGCCCAGUUGUUCAAAUAACUUGUGGCCUUCAUCAUACAGUUUUAUUACUAAAUAAUGGUGAAAUUAUUACUUUUGGGAGUAAUUCAAAUGGACAACUUGGGUGCAGUUUAACUAUUAGUAAAAAAGGUCCAACUAUAUUAAAAAUACCACGUUUAAAAUAUCCUAUUAUAUGUGCAUCUGCGGGCAGUAAUCACACUGCAUUAGUAUCAAAGGAUGGAAAACUUUACACUUUUGGGAGUUACCUAAAAAGUCAACUGGGUCGUGAUAGUGGAUGUAAUCAUGUACCCUUAAGUGUGGAUGAUAUAAAUCCUCCUCAUACAAGAAAAGCAAAACAAGUAAUGUGUUGUGGUGAUCAGACUAUUGUAAAAGUUGAUGAAGCUCUAAUAAACAGCAAAAUAUUAUCUAUUGUUGCUAACAAUGAUACAAUUUUGGUGAUGACAACAAAUAAAUGCCUGGCUAUCAAUAAGCAAGAUGGUACAUGCAAUAGUCAUUCGGGAAAUAAUCAAGUACAAUUUAAUGAAAAUAACAAUGGAAUUUGGUGUUUUGAUACAUUAUAUAAUAAUUUAUGGCAUUUAAAUGAGUCUAACGAAAAAGCUACUGUAACAUGUUACAAUGUUAAUAAUUUAAGCAAAAAGUACUGUAAUAGUUGUACUUCAUUAAGUUAUGAAUUGGCAUUACCUCCAACUGCUGGAAUAUCCAUUUCUAGAAUUCAACUUUUAAUUAAUUUAUUAACAUGUAUGGAUAUAUUAGGGCAAAAUUCAUGUAUGUUUUCUAAUGGCAUGUCAUCAUCACAAUAUAACACAUCAAAUAUAACAACUGUAAAUGAAUCAAAGAAAGAUUACUCGCACAUAAAUAGAUUUGCAAGCCUAGGUGGAGGUUGGGGUUACUCUGGUCAUUCAGUUGAGGCUAUUCGUUUCUCCGUUGAUUGCAAUAUACUAUUGGUUGGAUUUGGUUUGUUUGGAGGAAGGGGUGAAUACACAGUAAAACUAAAGUUGUAUGAUAUUGGUUUGGAUGGUGGUGAUCAGGAAUCAGAAGGCGAGUUGAUGACAGAAACUGAUGAGCUUACCUAUGAAUGUGCUCCUAGACAAAAACAUCCAGUAAUAUUUGAUGAACCUGUAGUCCUUUAUGCAAACCGUUGGUAUGUAGCUUGUGCAAGAAUUAAUGGACCAUCAAGUGACUGUGGCUCUAGUGGCAUGUGUAGCAUUACUAGUGAUGAACAAAUAACCUUCACAUUUAAAUCCUCUCGUAAAUCAAACAAUGGAACUGAUAUAAAUGCCGGUCAAAUACCAGAAAUUUUAUAUAGAACUAUUAUUCCUGAUUCAUUGUCAAUAUCAACUAUUCAUACAGCAAAUAGUGAUACUCAUAUGUUGAGUGAAUUUUUUUCACGCAAUGUUAACAAGGAAUGUUUUAAUUCUUUAAUAAAGUUAUUACAAUGGUCUUGGACAACAAUAAUUCAAAUCAUAUCAGAAAUAUGUCUUCCAUACAAUCAGCAAACAUAUUUUGGAAAUAUGACAAAAACGGACCUUACAGCUCUAUGUGAACUUAAACGCUUGACUUAUAUAAGUCAAGCGUGUUUUCAUUUAUUAAAGUCUUACAUUUAUGAAAUAUACCCUGAUCAAGUUGACAAAAUUAAAUUAGUUGAAAAUGAAUUGCUGGCUGAAAGUAUUGUAGAAGUACGACAAUUAUUACAAAAUAUUUUAUCAGAUACUCGUCCAAAUGAAAUAUUAAAAACUGAACGAAUAUUUUUGGAAAAUAAAGGUAAUGACGUCAUAAAAAUGAUGAGAUCUAUGAAAUGUCUAAAUCAAAUUUUAGAUGAAUGUCAUGUUACAUUUGUAUCAUUAUAUCAUGCGUUUUACCCGACUCCACGUUUAAAGUUGAAUUCUCUUUGGGAACACUUAAAUAGAAAACAGAAUUUUCAUAGGAAUAAACUUCUUACUGCAAUAGUGGCCGCACUUUGCACAACAACGUUCCGACUUCGAGAAUUAAUACCUAUAUUAAAGUCAAUCAGUUCAAAUGAAAAUUCUGAUAUAUCAGAUAAUUUAGAUUAUCAACACUAUUACCCGAUUUUAGUCAAUGCAGCUACAAUUACGCUUAAACAUAAUUUUAAAAAUGAACCAAACUGGGACGUUUUACUCUCUCAACUUCUCGAAAUAGUAGUUACACCAGUUCGAAAUUCCAUAUUAAAUGGUAAAAAACCAGAAAAUGAUAUGAAAAUGCUUGCAGCUAAUUGUUCGCAUUUAGUUGCUAGAGUUGUCGCCGAACUGUCAUCUCAAGCUAUACUACCAGAGGAUGGGAUGGAAAUAGCUAACGAAAGGGAAAUACUUUUGACUACACCUUCAAGAUUCGCCAAAAUUAACCAAACCAAAACUUGGAAUGCUGGUAAUGGAUCACCUGAUGCUAUUUGCUUUUGGGUAGAUCGUUCUGAUAUAGCAAUAGCGGGUUGUGGAGUUUUUGGUGGCGUUGGUACAUAUGAAUAUGAACUUGAAUUGCUUACUGAAAAAAAUCAAUUGGAGUUUGAUGAACCUCAUGGAAAUCGAUGGAAAAGUUUAAUUGUAACGCGAGGAUCUUUUGGACCUGAUGAUAGUGCAAUAAAUUAUGUUGUAGAUGUGAAAUUCGAUUAUCCGAUAAGAAUAAAAGAAAGAGUUAAGUAUGCCAUUCGUUUGAGAAAUUAUGGAGGUCGAACAAAUAAUGGCGACAUGGGAUUGAGUUGUGUCAAAGGACAAGAUAACACCCAGUUUUCUUUCAACACAUGUUCCUUAAGUUUGAAUGGAACUACUCAGUCUCGCGGUCAAAUUCCUUACAUCUUAUAUUAUAGUAAUAACCACGAUAAGAAUUGCGAUUAUGAAAAGAAAAUUUGUAAUAAACUAAAAAUUCGAAAAAAUACUUUAGGUAUACUGACUACUAUCGUAAAAAAGUUAUUAGAGCUAUUGAAUAUCGGAAGUGUAAAAAUAAAAAAAGAUCAUCUUGUAUAUAAAUACUUAGGAGAAUCAGCGAUGGUAAAUAUUCUUUUACCUCUAGUGUUAGCACACAUUGGACCAUUAACUUCAUUUUCAAAAGAUGCCAAGAGCGCUAUCCACGUUUUAGAUCUAAUUAGAGAGUUGUUACCAGCUGUGACAUCUCUAAAUUUAUUUGCCGCUGACAAGUUAGACGUCUUGCAUAAAGAUUUGUACGAUAAAUUAGACAACAGUCCAAAACAAAUAAUAAAGUCAAAACAACAGACAAGCGAAAUCAAGGAUCUUAAAGGCAUGACUACUUCUCAUCAUUAUGCUUGGGUAGAAAGCAAUCAUCCUUACAAAGCCGCCACCGUAUCGAAUUACAAAGUAAAAUUUCCAAAUGAGGUCAAGUGGUUAUGUUUGGAGUUUGAUCCACGUAGUUGUACGGCUCAGAUAGAAGACUAUUUACAACUUUACAUUCCCAACUAUAGAGACAUUAAUACAGAUGACGACAACAAAAGAGUGGGAACUACACCGUACAUACCGGUGUUAAAAAAAUUCAGUAAUGAUCCCUUAGAAUGGCCUUUCGCUGCUAUUAUGUUGCCUGGAAACGAGGUAAUGUUUUCUAUGGAAACGGCUUCAGACUACAUGAAAAAUGAUAAGGCUUCUCGAUACGGAUUUCGAUGUCUAGUGAUUGGAUACGAAGCCGAAAAGUUGAGUAAAUCCCAAACGAUUUGCUAUGGUCUGUUUCAUCUAGAAACCGAACUUUCAUUUCUUGGUGGUAUGUGCGUAUCGACUUUAUUGAAAUGCGACAUCACUCUACCUAUCGACCAACAACAAGAACUUCGUUCAGAAUCAAAAUCGGCAGCUGACCAAGUGUUCGCUAAGCAUUCAAGUUUAUUAAAAAAAGGAUUUGCAUUUGCACCAAUAACCGACAUUCAAAAAGUUCUGAAAGAUGUACUACCCUUAAGUGUUGAUGGAAAUGAGAAUAGAUUUUUAAGAGAGUUUGUGAAUUGUACGCCUCAUUCAGCCGGUUGCAGAUUAGCUAGAUGGUUACAACCAGAAUCUGUGGUUGAACCAAACUCUUGUGAAGUGACCCUUUCUACUGCCGAAGUUCGAUGUGGUUGGCCAGCUAAGUUCACUGUACGGACUCGUGAUCAAUAUGGUAACCUUGUACAUUCUGUUGGAUCAAAGGUUGAACUAAUUGCUCAAUCAAACUUCAAAGCUAAGAUAAAUCCUUAUUCAGAAAGAUGUUUGACUGUAAUAGACGACAAGUACUUUGGGGGAAAUCCCAUACCAAAAACCCAUAUUCCGUAUGAAACUGUUAUUAAAGAUAAAUUUAGAUAUCAAGCCAUUACUUUCAUGAAACAAUAUGAAAACUAUUCAUUUGAAGAGCUUCGUAUAGCCUCUCCGUCAAUAAAAGGCGAUUCUGAAAAGUUACUUAUGCAAUCUAAAGGAAACGGGACCUAUACUGUUUAUUGGACUCCUAUGACUAUUGGUUAUUAUGAUGUAAAAAUAGAAAUUGACGGCUAUCCACUAACGAAUAACGUCAAAAGCGUAGUUGUAAAAGAAGCUCCUUUUAAUGGUGUCAGAACUGCUGAACAAGGCCAAGAAUCUAUAACUCCAGUUACCAAACUUCUACAACACGUUGGAAGGUAUAGUGCAGGACUCAGGAUUAGAACUCAUCCUUCUCUGCAAUCAGAAAAAAUAGGAAUAAUACCUGUUAAAGGUAUUAUUGGAUAUACAGACGAAGUAAGCAAUGAUGAUGGCGAUUGGGUAUUAUUGAAUUCGGAUACAGUACAAAGAUAUUGUCAUCAAACUCUUCCUUGUAUUGAAGCAUGGACAAUGAAAACAUGUAGAUACUUGAAUGGUGAAAAAUUUUUGGUAUCAGUCAAUGAUAAAUGUAACGGAGAUAAAAGUAUAAAUGAAAAAUUAACAUCAACUUCUGUAGUACUUCUUAAAGCGAUUAAAGAUGUACCAAAAAUAUUAAAAGAUCAUUUUUUCCCUACAAACUAUAAAGUAGUAAUGUGUGGAGCUUCUGGUCAUAACAUAAGGAAUCAACCGACAUUUAAAGCUGUACCGGUUGGAAUACUUGUUCAAGGCAAUGUGAUAACAGCUGUAGAUAAAGUAACCAACAAUGAAGGCUUAUGGAUAAAAUUAUCUGACGAUUCUGUUACCACUCAUUGUGGAGUAUCUUGCACUUCUGCCUGGUCAUUAGCAGCUGAUAAUUCUUGUGCCAUCUAUUUGAAACCUGAAUAUGAACUGAAUAACAGCAUAAACGAUGCCAGUGUUUUAAGGCUGAUAGAUAACGAGAUAAAUGAUUUCAGUAUCAUUAAUAAAACAAACUAUAAUACUAAGCCGCCAAGUUUUGAUACUAGUUCAUAUGUUAUUGAACAUAUUAACAUAGAUGACAAUGAAAUAAAAAUUGAAAAACAACAACAAAAAUUCUCUCCUAAACGUAAAAAAACAANUGACAAUGAAAUAAAAAUUGAAAAACAACAACAAAAAUUCUCUCCUAAACGUAAAAAAACAAUUGAAGGACUAAAUGCUAAUCCUUUGCCUAUACCAUAUCAUCGAUCAAGAGCUGAAUGUCGUCUAAGUAAUGGUAAUAUGGUAAUGAUUCCACCAAACUCGCCACGUAGGACAGCGAAACAUACAACAGAGAAAACUAAACAUUACAAAAACUCAAGUAUUUCUAAGAACGAUAUUUCAUACUCUAGAAGAGUAUACCAUCAAUCUUUGUCAGUAUCUAGUGAUACAACUGCACCACCAACUACUAGCUCAUCAUCAGUUGAUACUCACUUAACUUCAAGUUUAUCUACUUCCAUGGAAAGUUCCACAGAAAUUCCAGGAUGUCGAUCUAAAGAUGAACCGUUUACCAGUGUAGCGCAAGCAGCUACACAAACGACUCCAGAGAGUGAGCGAAUAAGUUUAAUAGGCAGUAUCAAAACUAAAAAUAGACCAUCACAUAAAAGUUGGUCGAGUUCAAAAAAUGUAACCUCAACUGAUUCUCCUGAUUUGUGUGAUUCUAAAGAUGGUAUAGCUGAUUUAACUACUCAAGAGUAUGAACAAUCCGUCAAAGAGGCGCUCAGUCCUUCGAUGGCAGAAAGCUUAAGAGCUGUGUUUGCUGCUUUCUUGUGGCAUGAAGGCAUAGUACAUGAUGCAAUGACAUGUGCUUCUUUCCUUAAAUUCUAUCCUAGCCUACCAAAAAAUGGCGCAGUUAUCACUAAAAGAACCACUGAAAAUCGCAGCAAAAAAGACCGAAGUCAGUUGAGACAUUCUGUAGAAGUAACUACGGGUGUUGGAAGCUAUCAACAUAUUCGCCCUAAUGAUCAAAAUCGUUCAAAGUGUGGCACGACAUUACCAGUAGAAGGAACUAUUACUGAAGAAAGUAUGACAAGUUCAGGAAACUCUGAAACUGAAAAUCUUCAUCAAACUACAACUGUGAACACUUCAAAUGAAGAAUCUACCAUUACUUUUUUGCCACCUGCUCUAAGUUGUAUGGUUCGCCUCUGGGACGAAAUAACAUUGGGUGUACUUCAGAUGAUAAAGUCAAACUCAAAUUUAGCCAUAAAUGGCGUUAAAGAGAAUAUGUCAAUGACGGCAGAACGAGACCAAAAUGAACGUAUCGCACGACAAGUAGAAUCUAAUCACAAAGAACCAGUUCCAUGUGAACUAUGUGCUGGCGAAUCUUUCGUCACACCAAUCGUUUAUCAUAUGGGUAACGCUCAUCCCGGUUGUGGAUUAAACUGUGGUGGGCGUGGAUACACUAAUGCUGGGACUUACUGCUCAGGUUGGGCAGGAGCAUGCGGUGACGGCGGUGUUGAUGGAUCACCGUGGUAUUUGUUGUGUGAGAAAUGUAGAGACAAUUACUUAUUAAAAAUGAAGCCACCUGUAAGGCGUCGAAAAAUCGCUAUUCGUAAUUAUGGCGACCAUAAAAUACAGGCGCAAAAUGGUUCCGACUGGGAAGAGACCGCUAAUGAAAUGCAUAUUAUUCUCAAAGAAAAUUCUAUGUUCCUUUUGGAUUUAGCUAGUAAAAGUAUUAGUCAACCUAAUUGUGACGAUACACACUUGAUCUCUAGUUUAUGGACCGUUGGGGAUUUCAAAUGUCUCAGUACUCUAGGAAUUCUCGCCAAACAGAAUGAAUGCGAUGAAUCUAUUUUAUUUCAAUUACAAAAUCGCUCAUCUUUGGAUGGAACAUCGGAUCAAAAUACAGCUGAUGUAGUGACCAGUCGUAGUUUUCAUAGGUCGGCAUCUAUGGACAUUGAAGGUUUACCUAUGAGUCGACAAGAUGCGAUCAACCGUCGAAAACGUAUAAAUAGCACCUUCAAUACGGAUAAUGGUUUAUCACUUAUGUGUGUACCCUCCGCUGCUCUACAAGCCCUUGUUCCAAAUAUCAAUCAAGCUUCUUUAGUUGAUUAUUCAAGUGAACCAAAUGAAAAUAUAGAUGUCGACAUUUUAAAACGACCUGUAAUUAAUUUUAUUAUUGAAAAACACAACUUAUCAGAUUUAAAAUGGUCGAUGAAACAAGCUGUAAAAAAAGCGGCAUGUCGAAGCUAUGCGUUACAAGCACUGAAUUGGUUACUUCAUGAAGUUUUUCAAUAUUCGUGCAUACACGAUUUAUUAUGGUGGUUCGUAAUAGCUUUAUCAGCUGAAGUAAGGACAAUUGAUGGUGAUUCGACAGAACCUAGGUGUAGACAUCCAUUAAGCGACUUGUACUUGGCUGGAGAUUCUGUGAAACCUUUACCCAAAGUUUUUUAUACUUUCUUACAAACUGUUUCUGAUCUUAUGUUAUAUUUACCACCUGGUUCGGCUAUUCAAAUGAUGGCUGUCCGAUGCUGGGACAUAAGUUUCACUCCUGCCGACCAUAUGUUUUUGCACAGGAGUAAAGUAUUCAGUAACAUAAGUAAAAUAUUGUCACAUAGUGAAGAACAUCAAGAAGUUUGUGAGGAUCCAUCAGAAUGCGAAAGAGGUAUUGUUUCUUCGUUAAAAGAUUUAACUGACACUAUAGAAAUCACAGCAUCGAGUCGACCUGCAAUGAUAGCAAACUUAAUAGAUCAAUCCACAGAAACAUUUUGGGAGUCUAGUGAUGAUGAUAAAAGCAAGUUCAAAACUAUCACCAUACAUUGCACUCAACCAUGUGAGAAUCCCAAAGCUGUUUAUGUGCAUAUCGAUAACUGCCGCGAUCUUAAUAAUAAAGUUUCAAUGAUCGUAUUUUCUUGUGGACUAUCGGUUGAACAACUUAAUAAAAUAAAAACAAUUGAAGUUGAAAACAGAUUCAGUGGUUGGUUAGGGACAUUUAUUCAUGAUGAAUUUCAAAAAGUUAUUUGCAUUGAAGUGCGAGGUGCUGACUCAUCAGUAAGAUUAAGACAUAUAAAAGUUUUGGGAUCAAUGCCCGGAGAGCCUUUAACGUAUAGGCGUCAAUAUAGUUACUCAACAAUUCAACAUCGGUUGUGUGAAAAUGAAACCUUAAAAGUCUUCCGGUCGAUUACAUUCCAAGUGUUUGGUAAAUUAAUACAAGGUGAACAACCAACAAUGGAUUCGAGUGUUGAAGAAAGUAAAGAUUUAAAAGAACAUAUGGUCGGUAUUCUGUUCAGUCAAAAUAAAUUAACUCAUUUACAAAAACAAGUAUGUACUCAUAUAGUUGAAACUAUAAAAAAAGAAGCCAUUGCUAUGCGAGAAGACUGGGAAAAUUCUGUAUGUAAAAAAGAUACUUCUUCCAAUAACGGAACCUUAACUCCAACCGACUCUUACUGUUUCGAAAUGUUGUCGAUGGUCUCGGCCCUUAGUGGAAGUAAUGUUGGUAGAACUUAUUUAGCCAAUCAGCAUGAUUUACUGUCAAAUUUAUUGAGUUUAUUACACACUGGUAGUGCUCGAGUUCAAAGACAAGUGACCUUAUUAUUAAAACGAGUAUUGCCAGAAGUAUCGCCUUAUGUAUUAGCCUCAUUAACUGAUGCUAGAUUGCCAUCAACCGAAUUUUCAAUCGCUAGUCCACCUUUAGAAUGCCAUAGAGUCGGACUUCUUGAUAAUUUCUUAAGUGUAAUUGCAAAGUCUCUUACAUUACAAGUUAAAAUCAAAGGUAUUAGUGGUAGUAAAGUUGUCAAUUCACUAAAACUUAAUGAUAUUGACUUGGACGAAGAUGGUUCACGUUGGUACCUAAAAGGUGUUUCAUCGAAAAAAUUAGCUGAUGACAUUAUACAAAUAUUAUUGGAUAUGUCUAAUGGAAAAUUUUGUAGAAAUGAAAAUUGGAAAGAUGUAACGAGGGCAGCAGUUGCAGAGAACAUACUUAACCUAACUAGACUUAGCAAAGAAUAUAGAUCAAUGGAUAGUUGCAUAAGAAAUCCAGUUUUGUGGUUAGCAUUAGCUUCUCACUGUGUUUUACAUCCGGAACAUGCUGAAAGACUUUCAUCAGGGCAAUGGCUAAAACCUGAAAAUUCAUUACCUACUCCACCCAGGCCAUUAUGUACAAACCACGACGAUGGUGAAACACCAGCUGCUGUACAAUGUCUUAAUUGUGGAAACUUGUGUGUUGAUUGUGAUAGAAUUUUACAUUUAAACAGAAAAACUAAAUAUCAUCAAAGACAAGUGUGUAAAGAAGAAGAAGAAGCAAUAAAAGUUGACUUGCAUGAAGGGUGUGGUCGAACAAAACUCUUUUGGUUAUUAGCACUUGCUGACAAAGCUACUCUACAAGCAUUAGUUGAGUUUAGGGAUACUACUUCUAAUUCAACGGAUUUAUCAGUACCAGUUACUAGAGUUAAUGUUCAAACAGCAAGAAUAGGAAUAUGUCGGUUCUGUGGUAUGAUGAGUAACGACGGUCUCCUAGCAAUAGGAAACGUAUGCGCGAAUGAUGAAUGUCAGCUUCAUGCUCAGAAUGCAUGCCAAAAAGUACUUAGAUGUGGCCAUUUAUGUGGUGGAAUCAAAAGUGAAAUUGAAUGUUUACCUUGUUUACAUGGCUGCACAAAUACUGAAAAUGUAUGUCUCAAACAAGAUGCUGAAGACAUGUGCAUGAUUUGUUUUACGGAUGCUUUGUCAGCAGCACCGUCUGUUCAGCUCAUUUGCGGUCACGUGUUUCACUAUCAAUGCUGUAAGAAAGUUUUAAUCAAUAAAUGGACUGGUCCACGAAUUACUUUUGGAUUUCAACAGUGUCCCAUAUGCAAACAUCCUAUUGAGCAUUCAAGUUUAUCGGAAAUAUUAGCUCCAAUACGUGAUUUGAUGGCUGAUGUUAAAAGAAAAGCUUUGAUGCGAUUGGAGUACGAAGGAGAUUGCGCUAUAAAAGGUGAUCAAGCUGCUUCAUACGGUAUGGAAAAAUAUGCUUACUACGUAUGCCAUAAAUGUAAAAAGGCAUAUUAUGGAGGCGAAGCUCGUUGUGAGGCUGAUGUUAACGUUGGAACAGAAUAUGAUCCAACUGAAUUAGUAUGUGGUGGUUGCAGUGACGUGGCUCAAGCUCAGAUGUGUCCUAAACAUGGCACUGAUCUUCUUGAGUAUAAAUGUAGAUAUUGUUGUUCUGUUGCCGUCUUUUUUUGUUUUGGAACAACUCAUUUUUGCAACGCAUGCCAUGAUGACUUUCAAAGAGUCACGAAUCUAUUACCUAGUGAAUUACCACCAUGUCCUGCCGGGCCUAGAGCAACACCUUUAAAUGUUGAUGAAUGUCCACUACACAUAAAACAUCCUCCGACAGGCGAAGAGUUUGCAUUGGGGUGUGGUGUAUGCCGAAAUGCUCAUACGUUUUAAAAAAAACAUUUAUUCAUUAUAAAUAGAAAAAUUAUUUAUCGUAGUUAGCUAUAAUGUUAUGUUAAUAGCGGUUUUAAUUUGAAAUACUUAAAUGUGUACCAAUUUAAUAUACAGUGUUUAACAUAAGUAUCAAUUUGAGAACGCGUUUUAAAUUUUAAAUGCUUCAUUAUUCAUUAACUAAUCAAUUUUCAUUAACUGUAUUUUCAAGUUCCAAAUCAAAUUAUGGAAAAAAUUGUUAUUAUUAAUUUUAUGUUAAAAUGCUUUUUUUUUUACCAUAUGAAUCUCAUAUUCUAGUCAUUGUUUGUUACGUUUUUUAAUUGCUUGUGUUCAAUUUUUUAUUGUUUAGAAUUUUGUAAGAAUAUGUAUUGAUAUUUCAAUUGUUUAGUAUUUUUAAACGUAUUACUUAUUAUUCGUCGGAUUGCAAUUAUUAUUAUAUUAAUAAUUAUUUACUAUCUAGGUACGUCUCUAAAAUGAUUAGUAAAAUCUGGUGAUAUUAAGCAAUAUUUUAAAUUAUUCUUACUUAAGUAUUUAAAGUAUUUGUAAUCAUCCACAAACAGUUUUUUUUUAAUUCAUUUUUUUUUGUUCUGUAGUAAGACUAUAGAUUAAUGAGAUCUCAUUAGAGGUACCACUUUUUAUUUUAACCAAAUAUUUGGUAUACUUUAAAUUAUUUUAGACACUUAUGUUUUUUUAUUCAAUUUAGAUUUGACAAAAAAAAAUUGUGGAUUUUAAUAUAAAAAUUGUUUUUAUUUACAAAUGUUGAAUUGAAUAAAAUAUUGUAAGCUAAAAAUUAUUUUAUACUGUAAAA